AUGACCUCGGACUCGGGCUCCGACUCAGACAGCAGUUCAGGCUCAGAUUCGAGCUCAGGUCAAUCGUCGCACGCACUGACGCGAGGUCCUGGCUCAAAGGCGACUCCAAGAAUGGCAGCUCCACCUACUUCUGCCACGCCUGUCAGAGGCAGGGAGUCCCAGUCGCCAACGAAGAAGACGCCAAAAGUGUCCAAGUCCACUCAAGAGACGGCUACUCCUGCUGCUGCUGCUAAGACAACUGACGCGACGGAGACCGCCAAUGGUACUGCUAAAAAGAGGGCGAGGAUGGUCCCUUGCCCGUUCCAUGGGUGCAGUGAUGCCCUUUCGAGCUAUUCCAGAGUACAAGUUCAUCUCGAGAGCGAUCACAACCUCACGCCAGAGACGAUCUCCAAAGACUAUGUCGAAUUCUCGCGCAACGUAGCUCAGGCGGCCAAGAAUGCAGCUGCAGCCAAGAAGAGGCGCGCAUCAUCCGUAGAGCCCCCAGUCACGAAAGCGGCCCCUGCAGCUCCUCCUGCGGCCAAGCCCAAGUCUGCUGCCACUGUCGAGACAGACAGCAGCGACGAUGAUAGCGAUAGCGACAGCGAUGACGACGACACUGAUGUGCCAGCACCCGCGCCCGCGCCCGUUGCCGUUCCAGCUCCCGCCAAGAAAGCACCCGCCAAACCAAAGUCUACCGAGAAACCCAUCUCGAGCUCAUCUAACAAGGAUGCCAGUGAAGGCGCACUUGCCUUGUCCAAAGCACGCAAUGCUCGCGAGCUCUCUGCUGAGCGCGCUGCAUAUUACGAGCGCUACACAUCAGAUACAACCCUCCGCAAACCUGCGCCGGCAGACAGCUCAGACGAGGCUGAUACUGACGCAGAGACUGCACUAGCGGUUGAGCCUGCGCCGAUCGCUAUAACUAGCGCAGGUGACGAAACUGCUCCUAAGAGGCCCCGUGGCCGUCCGCCAAAAGUGAGACCUGAAGGCGAGCCAGCUCCUGCGCCCGCUCGCAAACGCAAGGCAAAGACUGCUGGGCCUGAUGGCGAGGCGCAUACCGAUGGCGUCAAUGUCAGCGUAAGCGUGAAGCGAGGGAAAAACGGCGCAUCUGGAAAGGCGGAUGAGCCUGCAGCGAAGCGCACCAAGGUGACCAGUCCAGCCAUGGAUCGGCAGUCGAGCUCAGUCCCGCCUGUGCCGGGUCGUGCUUUGAUCGAAGCCUACUUCCCUGUCGAAGAACGACAAUUUCUGCAAUGGAAUCUCGUGGACAACAGGCAGCCCAAUGCCGUGCUUCUGACGGUUCCUGUACCUUCUUCUCUCAUCACUCGCAGCACACCUGCUGCAGAGGGAGGUGCCUUGCUCAGUCAUAGCCUCUCGCACGCAAUGAAUCCAUUCUCAUUUGCUCCGCCAUCUUAUUUGCCUUACUCUCGCUUUCAACCUUCUGUGGCCCCUCAGCCUGUGGCCCCUCAGCCUGUGGCCCCUCAGCCUGCAGAAGUGGGCCUUCUCCUCCGCAAUCCUGAUGGUCGUUACGAUGUACAAUGGUCUCCAACGCCUUCUAUACCCAUGCCGUCGGCACAAUACUCGCCUGUGCCAAUUCUUAUACCACCUGUGCCUGCGCCCCGCUAUGAUGCUUAUACCGGUCAACCUUUGUACCAUCCUGCCCCACCUCAAGCGAGGUUUGAUGCUUUCACCGGCAUGCCACUCGCGCCUGCUGCAUCCUUCUCUCAACAGCCUGCACCGGCAAGUGCAGAAGCAACACCCACUCGAACUCGACCGCCCGGUCUUCCUCGCGCUGCAGCCAGCUUACAUGCGAGACCAAGUGCUCAGCGUCAGCGUGCGAGAUCGAGACUACGCGAACAACUCCUGGCCGAAGAGAAUACCAAUACUUUGACUGAAAGCAGCAUCGACAAUGACAUGACUGAGAGUGCUGCGACUUCGCCGGCAGCUUUGGCUGAAGCACGUCUGUCUUCUGAGGCUGAGACGAGCUCUGACGACACUGCGCAGCCUGUGCGGAGCUCUAGACCGCUCGCUCAAGCCUCAUCUGCGAAGGGCGCGAACCGAGAAGCAGACAUGCCUAUCGCGCCCGGAACUUCAGCUGCUAGCAUAGCUAUGUCAUCGCUACCGACUCGAGAGCCAAGCACAAAUGCCGAUACCAGCGAGACUGAGGCAGUCUCGAGCGACGAGGGAAGCCCCGAUGAAGGCAGCCGACCUCCAAACCGCAUCAACCGAAGACGAACGCCGUCUCCUUUUGCAGAUGAAGCGUCAAGUGACGAAGAACAAUGGCAAGUGGACCACCAUUCCAGAGCUUUCGGCGCCGCAAACCAGAUACCAUCUGUUCUGACAGUUGCCGCGACGCGCUUAGCUCAGCAAAGCCCUGCCGUAGAGCUUACUACACCGCCAAAUAUUAAGGCGCCAUCUAUCACCGGCUCGCGUGUUGACGAUGCGAUCGUCUCAACCAAGGACCUCCACCAAACGACUGCAGGCACGUCAGUGGCUGCGAGUUCGGACGAUGCUCAAUCCGACGAGAGCGAAGAUGACGAACAGCAGUCGCAUCCAUCAAAGCUCAAAGCAAAGUCCGACGCGGCCGAGGAAGCGCGUAGAUCAUUCUCUUCAGUCAACGAUGCUGCUAGUCAAAGCCUGGAACCCGAUUCGCAGUUUGGCAUGAGCGAGCUUGAAUCGCCGCCGAUCUUGUCACCAGAGGCGCCUUUGUCGAUUCCACAAGUUGCUCGUCGGUCGGUAACGGUGUCUUCGGAUGAUGAUUCGAGCAUGACAGCCAUACCUCGUAAAAUUACUGCGGCAGAACACACAAGAGACACGUCAGCGCAGCCAGCUAGUCCACUGACAGCCGCAGAUCCUGCAGUGCCAUUGCAAGAUCACACUGAAACCGAUGAGCGCCCAGAAUCAUCAGAUGGCGCGCCUUCGGGUACAGCUUUAGGCAACAACGACGCGGACACUAUCACGUCGCGUCUUCGCAGCAGGACGGCCUCGCCCGGUCAUCUGCGUAGCAAGGACAAGGCCGCGAUUCGCGCGGAAGGUGUGGAGGUGUCAGCGAGCCAGGCAGCAGGCAAGAAGGCGGGGGCAGGAAAGAGAUCAGCCAAGGCUAAACCAGAAGCAGCAAAGCCAAUCUCAACUAGAAUGAACGGCCUCAAAAGACCUCAAAAGGCGAGACCCUCAAUGUCGAAUAUUGAGAAAAGACUCAACGAAGGGACAUUGCCGCCUCUUGCGGUCACGCAAAGUCAGAGCAAAGCGGCCAGUCGGUCGAGAAGAAGCGCGCAGAAUAAUGACACGUCUGCCCAACAAACGGCAAGCGAAAGCUCGGACGAUUCCGACGAUUAA